AUGGCGGCCCCAGUCUUAACUCACAUCCACUUCGCCCUCAUCCUCCCCUGGCUUGUGAUCCGGCGCACCGUCAAGUACCAUGCGCACGGCCCACCGCAUCCAGCGUGGGGCCUCUUCCUCGACCUCGUCUGUUCCUCAGCGCGUCUCUACUUCUCGCUUGCCCAGCGACACAUGCGGGAGGUCAUCCUCGAAGAUGACAUCCAGGCCCCACCCACCCCGGGCGACGACACGCCGCAGUUCAACGAGGACGCAUGGAGGCCGAAGCCGUAUGCACACAAGUUCGCUGGCGUGGGGACGCGCGUCGAGCCGGUGAGGCUGAGGGCCGUUGCGGAUGAGUGGAGGCGCGGCGUGGCUUUGGUGGGUGCUCCGUUUGUGCGAGCGGUGGACGUGCCCGGGUUUUGGGUCGUGCGGGACUCGGAGGGGAGCGACGUCCCCGCGGAAAGUCCGGCGCGGGAUGGAGAGAAGGUCAUCAUGUAUCUUCCCGGAGGUGGCAUUCACCCCAUGACAAGCCCCGUCUCUUACGGCCUAGCCCUCGCAACGAACCUCCGCGUGCUAACGGUGACCUACCGCUCUGCCAAGUCUUCCUCCUCCGCGUUCCCCGCCCAACUGCUCGAUGCGCUCGCAGGAUAUGUGCACCUCAUCUCGCUGGGCUUCCGUCCAUCAGACGUCAUCCUUGUCGGCGAGAGCGCCGGUGCGUUCGCGAUCCUCGCGCUCAUGCGAUACCUCGGGGAGCUGCGCGCGGAUGCCUCGUCUUCCGUGCGCCCGGGUAUGGUCGGCGCUGUUGCGCUUGUCUCGCCUGCCUGCAACCUCUCGCGGUUCGACCACCCCGAGAUCGAGACCGACUACCGACUGCCGUACUACAGGAAACACACUGUCCCCGCCCUCGCGCGGCACUUCGACCUCGAGCACCUACACGAGUCGCUCUACUUCAGCCCCGCCCUCGCGAGACCGGAGCAGCACGCCUUCGCGCACCUCCUUCCCUCCUCGUCCCCCUCUUCUCCGAGCGAGGGCGAGAAGGUCGCAGGCGGUGCCGAGGAGAGCGACGACUCGGAGAGCAAGCCGGUCGACGUGUGGGUUCAGUACAGCGACUGCGAGCUCUUCGCGGACGACAUGCGCAGGUUGGUGGAAGCCAUGCGCGCGGACGGCGUACAUGUGAGACACGACGAGGUGUGGGGCGGGCUGCACGCGGAUGCGAUCAUCAAGCGGUCGGUCAAGCUCGCGGGUGCUGGGGUCCGGCGCGAGAUCCGGAGGAGGGUGUGGCCGUGGGGGACGAAGACUGCCGUGCAGCUGGAGAAGGAGAUCGAGGAAGGCGAUGGUAGUUGGGCGAGGCUGGUGAAGGUGGUGAAAGAGAUGGCGAGGACGCAGCAUGAGGAGCCCAGUUCUGACAGGACAUUAUGA